AUGAUUAUCCCGGAAGACAUGGCAUCUGUCUGGAGCGAGAGGAAAGGUGGACACGAGGAACGUGCCGGUGAGGUGCUUGGCCAGCCGGGCGGGUUCGACAUCUAUGUGGGGGCGGAGGAGGCGGCAAAGGGCCUGGGCCGUGAGGUUCUCGCCGGCCGAAUCGCCACCGAUGACGAGGUUCUCCGGCGCGACGGCGUAUCGCAGGAGGUGGUUCGAUCUCUUCCUACUCCUCGCCCGUGCCGGCGCGGGCGCCGGGCCCGCCGUUGA